UCACAUUACAUUUUUAAACUUAACCUCAAUUUUGUAGGGGGGAAGUUACAUAGUCACUUCGACAGUGCAAAGAAUACCUCUUGUAAUAUUCAACAGAGCAUUUGCGACGUUAACAAUCUAUAAUAUUCCUCAUAUUUUUAAGUGUCUACAAUGGAGAGAAUAAGGAAAACGUCGACAGAGGAAAGCCUGCGAUUCAUCAGGCAAUCGCUGAAGUCGGACGAGAUGGACCAUCUCGAGGGGACCCAUUUCGAUGGUUCGUUUCCUCACGUGUUCGUCACGAUCGGAGCUUCGGGUGACUUGGCGAAAAAGAAGAUCUAUCCAACGUUAUGGUGGCUGUUCAGAGACAAUCUUCUACCGAAGACCACAAGUUUCUUCGGUUACGCGCGCACAAUCAUGAGCGUAGAUCAGUUACGGCAAAAAUGUCAUCCCUAUAUGAAGGUGAAAUCAGACGAGGAGAAAAAAUACGAGGAUUUCUGGAAAUUGAAUCACUAUGUGUCCGGUAUGUACGACUCGCAAACAGGGUUCGAAUCGUUGGACAACGUGUUAAAAAAACACGAGCAAGGUUACCAAAUUGCUCACCGGUUGUUCUAUCUGGCUUUGCCUCCAAGCGUCUUCGAAAGCGUUACUGUGCACAUUAGAAACGUUUGUAUGGCUGAAAAAGGAUGGACUAGGGUAAUCAUAGAGAAACCAUUUGGUCGGGACGCGAUCACGUCUCAGCAACUAUCUGAUCAUUUGGCAUCGUUAUUCAGAGAGGAUCAGAUUUAUCGUAUCGAUCAUUAUCUUGGAAAGGAGAUGGUUCAAAAUUUAAUGACUCUCCGGUUCGGUAAUCGGAUAUUCAGCCCGACCUGGAACAGGGAGAACGUGGCCUCUGUACAAAUCACUUUCAAGGAACCAUUCGGUACGCAAGGAAGAGGCGGCUACUUCGACGAAUUUGGCAUCAUUAGGGACGUGAUGCAGAAUCACUUGUUGCAAAUAUUGUCGUUAGUUGCGAUGGAAAAGCCCGCGUCGUGCCAUCCAGAUGAUAUACGAGAUGAAAAAGUCAAAGUAUUGAAAUGUAUGAAGCCAUUGGAAUUGAAGGACGUUGUGUUAGGUCAAUACGCUGGUGAUCCUCACGCGAAAGAUCCUGAAGCACGACUGGGAUAUUUAGACGAUCCUACUGUACCAGCCGGUUCGAAUACUCCUACAUAUGCCACAGCCGUGUUGAGAAUUAAUAAUGAGCGAUGGGACGGUGUUCCGUUCAUUCUUAGGUGUGGGAAAGCGUUGAAUGAACGAAAGGCGGAAGUGAGAAUACAAUAUCAGGACGUGCCCGGCGAUAUAUUCGAUGGAAAAGCGAAGAGGAAUGAAUUGGUAAUUAGAGUACAGCCCGGCGAAGCAUUGUAUAUUAAAAUGAUGACGAAAUCGCCCGGUAUUACGUUCGAUAUGGAGGAAACGGAAUUAGAUCUUACGUAUGGUCAUAGAUACAAGAAUUUGAAACUUCCUGACGCAUACGAACGAUUAAUUUUGGACGUAUUUUGUGGCUCGCAAAUGCAUUUCGUACGUAACGAUGAAUUAUCGGAAGCAUGGAGGAUUUUUACACCGCUGCUUCAUCAAAUCGAAACUGAAAAUAUUAAACCGAUUUCGUACAUAUAUGGUUCCCGAGGUCCUAAAGAAGCCGAUGAAAUGGCGAAGUUAAAUAAUUUCGCUUAUUAUGGUUCGUACAAAUGGGUAAAACCAUAACGCUUGAAUCUCUGUAAUGUGGAACGGUCCGUACAUGGUAUACGAAUCACGAAAAUCUGUGCAACAAAUAAUCAAUCUGUGAUCAUAGCAUUCCAUACUAUUUUACAAUAUG